UGGAACACGGAAGUGACUGAGUCAGAAACUGGGCCGAGUCUGUGCCGUAUUUUUUUUUCUCCGUAAAGGACUGUAACAACAUUUCACGCUGUUUUAAGAUUCGGAGCUCAGCGAAGACACGGACUGCUACGGCUGUUAAUGACGGAAUUAUGAAAAUGUCCUCAAGGCGCUUCUGUGUGUCGACGCUGCUGAAAUGUUUCCUAAUCUGCGUCACUUUGUUUAGCGACCUGAGCAGUGGAGUGUUUGCCAAAUCAUACCGAAGACCAAACAUUGUUUUGAUUCUCACCGACGACCUGGACGUCGCUAUUGGGGGUCUGAGUCCCCUGAACAAAACAAAAAAACUAAUAGGAGAUGCAGGGAUAUCCUUUACAAAUGCAUUUGUUGCCAGCCCUCUGUGCUGCCCAAGUCGAGCCAGCAUCCUGACGGGUAAAUACCCCCACAAUCACCGUGUCAUCAACAACACCAUAGAAGGAAACUGCAGCAGUAAAGCCUGGCAGAAGAGUGAGGAAGGCCAAACAUUUCCUGCUCUGCUGAAGGCCUACGCUGGCUACCAGACCUUUUUCGCUGGGAAAUACCUCAACCAGUAUGGGCACUCUGACGCUGGUGGGGUGGAGCACGUUCCUCCAGGCUGGAGCUACUGGGUUGGACUGGAGAAGAACUCAAAAUACUACAACUACACUCUGUCAGUGAACGGGAAGGCUCAGAAACAUGGAGCCAAUUACAGCAAAGAUUAUCUGACAGACGUCCUGGCCAACAUGUCUCUGGACUUCCUUCAGUAUAAAUCCAAUUACCAGCCAUUCUUCAUGAUGGUGUCUGUCCCAGCCCCCCACUCACCCUGGACAGCAGCCCCCCAGUACCAGGACAAGUUCAACACCACCAAGGCGCCCAGAGACCCCAACUUCAACAUCCAUGGGAAGGACAAACACUGGUUAAUCCGACAGGCUAAAACCCCCAUGACCAACUCCUCUGUCCAGUUUCUGGAUGAUGCCUUCAGGAAACGGUGGCGCACUCUACUGUCUGUGGAUGACCUAGUGGAGAAAAUAGUGACAAGAUUAGAGGUUAGAGGUGAACUCGACAACACCUACAUCUUCUUUACCUCUGACAACGGUUACCAUACAGGUCAGUUUUCUCUUCCUCUGGAUAAAAGGCAGCUUUAUGAGUUUGAUAUCAGAGUUCCUCUUAUGGUCAGAGGCCCAAACAUCAAGCCCAACCAGACCAGUCAGGUGCUGGUGGCCAACGUUGACCUCGGUCCAACAGUCCUGGACAUUGCCGGGUACAGUGUCAACAAGACUCAGAUGGAUGGCAUGUCCUUCCUGCCCAUAAUGGAGGGGAAGAUGAACAGCAGCAGCUGGAGGACAGACAUCCUGGUGGAGUAUGAAGGAGAAGGAAGUAAUGUGUCUGACCCUGCCUGUCCUCUGCUGGGACCCGGCGUAUCGGAGUGUUUCCCAGACUGUGUGUGUGAAGACUCCUACAACAACACUUAUGCCUGUGUCCGCACUGUCGCCCCAUCAGCCAACCUACAGUACUGUGAGUUUGACGAUAAUGAGGUAUUUGUAGAAGUCUAUAACGUAACAGCAGAUCCCUAUCAGCUGACCAACAUCGCAAAGACCAUCGAACAGGAAGUGCUGGAGAAGAUGAACCGUCGGCUGAUGAUGCUGCAGUCCUGCUCUGGACAGUCGUGUCGGACACCCGGGGUGUAUGAUUCAAGGUAUAAAUUCAAUCCACAUCAGAUGUUUAUCGGCCACAGCUGGCGGCUCAACAGACUCCGGCAAACAAUGAAAUAAGACAAACAGAUGAAUCAUGAAGAGGAUGGAGUCACAGAGGAAGAAGGGCUGUACUGUGUGUUGACUUCAGCCUUCCCUGCUGUUGUUGCCUUGUUUUUUGGCCUCCUGAGCCAGUCUGUGGAGGGAGACAGGAUCAGGUAGGGCCAUAUUUUGGGGAAAAAGGGGGCCAUUUUGUUGUCGUCCAGACUGAGAAGAGGCCUCUCUGAGUGGAAACUACACUUUUAGGCCUUGUUGUUUGUUUCCUGAAACAGUGAGGUGUCAAGGGCCAAACAAACUAUGUAUUAAAAUCCAGUAUUAUUUUUGCAAGUGUUUGGCCGCAUAUGACAUCAGUUACAACCCUGGUUACAACUAAAAAUAAAAUGUCUAAAUGGGUCAUUUUAGUUCUUGGCAAAGGAUAUUAUUCAUUAUAAAUCUAAUUUACAUAUGAACACAUGGUGCCUAAGUGUUUUUUGUUUUGGGAGCAUUAAAUGACCAUCAACAGACACCAAAUAAGUAUCACUUACAAUACAUGACUAGGUCUGUCAAAUCCUAAUGAUACUCACAGGAAAAACACUGCUCCAGUAGGUCUGAGGUGAGAAAAUCUUCUGGAAUUUUCAAUUAUUUUUAUGUAAAGGGCCCUUUUUGUUUUCCCCUUUACUUUAAAUUAUUGCUUGUCAAUGAGUUUAUUUAAUCAAGUGUCAGAGCUGCAGAGGGAAACAUUAACUGGACAGUAAAUAGUGCCUGAAAUGGAGGCGUCAACCAAUAUUUAACAUGAAAUCCUCCAACCCAUUACACAUUUUAUACAUUGGAUGAUGCACCGGCAAAACAACAACCCAGGCCACAGCAUCAAAAUUAAACUGGUUUAUUCAAAGUAGUUUCAGACUGACUGUAUGUCUAACAGUUAAAGAACAUUUUUGUAAACAGACAUUAAACUGAAUUACAGCUCAUUUCUGGUGCUGCAGACUCUAAAACAAUGAGCAGAAAUCAUAAGUUGGUUUAUCUUUUACAUUCUAAAGCAUGACUUUGUCUUUUUAACUGAAACAUUUUAUUGUUUCCAUUAAUGACUCCUUUGGAUUUUAAUUUGGUUUUUAUUGAUUGUCAACAGGUUAAAUGAAAACUAAACCUAACUUUCAACAUUGUGAGCGUUUGAUUACAGAAUACGCAAAUGUUGGAUAUAUUUUUAAUUUAUGAAGGUUGUAAUCGCUAUUGUUGUCUUUUUUACAGUGGCCCUCAGAGAUCAAUGUCAUACACUACAGUACUGACAAAAUACUGUCAAUUUUACAACCACAUGAACACAAACACACACCUUCAUGUCACCUGUUGUUUUAACAGACUUCUGACAAACACAAAAUUAAAAUGAUGGAGGGCAUGGUAGGAAAUACAGCAGCUGCAGCACUAAUGCCAAAGUGUAGAUCAGCGAUAAAGACUUAAAUCAUAAAGUUUUCAGAUGCCAUUUCUUUAAUUAUUAAGCGUUGAUGCUGGAAAAUUAUACAGGGUUUCAGAUAUUCACUAAUGUGCAUAUCACAUUUAAUGAAGAUUAAGUAUGCGGUGGUGAGUUCUACCAUCAUACAUGAGUUACAGGAAACACUCAGAUGAACACAUGAACCACAAACAAUGGCAACAAUACACACACACGUACAUGUUUUUAUCCCAUUCUUGGAUCUCAUGGAACUGUCAUGUGCUUCUUGUAGCAUCUGCUGUGUUUUAUUUAUUUUUAUUAUUAUUUUACAGUGUUCUCAUAUUUAUAAUGUGGCUUCUUUUAAUUUGUGUCUUGUCUGUCUGCAUGUUUCCUCUCUUGUCCAUUGAUCUCUCAGGGCCACUGCACUUUUUACUGUCAUCCUUUUCCUCUAGAAUUUCAAGAGACAGAAGUAAAAACUGACACUAGAGCCUCAUUAGAGGAAAACCAAGUCAUAAAGCAUCUCCUUUUCCACAGUAGGAUUUAAUUCAACUCAAAUAUAUUAAUCAUGCUUAUCUUUUAUUUUCACAGCUGUUAUUUUUUCUGAACACACAAUCUUGCAUAUCUGGUUUUAUGCUCCAGCCCAUAAGGCUCAGAUACAAACUGAAAGAUUUAACUUGCUUUAACUGUAUUUAUGCUAACAUUGCAAACUGUGUAUAUUUUUGUACACUUUACUGUUUUUCUGUGUCUGUUUCCAUAUUACAAUUUUAAGACUGAAGCUGCCUAGAACUGAUAUUUUCUAAUGUUUGGUCAAAUCUGUGGAGAUUAUUAACAACUAACCAAAGUUUUAUGUUGACUAUAGGAAAAGGUGAUGUUUAACUCUCUGUGUAACAUUUGUUGUCCAAGACUCAGUUGUUUUUAGUGUUAAUUUAAUCUCAAGCUUUUUUUUUCCUUCUUUUGGGCAGAAAACCAAUCUGUUUCUUGUGAAUCCAGAUUUCCUGGUUAUUAAUGUUACUACUGUUGGAUAAUACAGCUCUGUCUUCCUCUGUAGUCAGUUUGUGGAGUCAGAACUGGACUGAUUGAAAGUUUCAUGCAACAACACGGAGGUUUAAGUCGUGUGGUGAAAUAUCACAGGACUCCACAUUCACUAUGUGAUUAUUUUUCCUUGUAAGACUGAACACUUUGUUUCAUUUCACUGAUGCACUUUCCAUCCUGUCAGAACUGUUUUGCUGUUUUGGCAUCUUUAGUUUAUUUUUCUGAAUAGUUUUGUUGAUGUAUUUUUGGCUCGUGUUUUUGUCCAAAUAAAGAAAUUAUCAAUCUA